AUGAUGCCCGGGUGGACCUGGACCGCGCUGAUGGGGAACGUGGGUCCUACCAACGAGAAAGACGUCAAGAAGCCCGCGGGGUCCUGGUACCCGAGCCAGGUCGCCGAGGAACUGAUGAAGGAUCUGGAGAUGAGAUCCUUCUAUAUUGUCUGCCCGGAUGGGGAGACCGACCGAGCUUUGGAUCAAGCGCGCAUGAAAUGGGCCAGCGAAGACCUCGUGGCAGGUCGGCCGGCUCUGUCGCGGUAG